ACAGGUUCAUUUCGUCCUCCAAUUGGAUGAUGGAGCACACGAUCGGGGAGGAGCAGCCCAACUAGCCAAAAGGCAGAAAAAAAGUGAAAAAAAAAAAAAAAGUUGCUCGCUGUGUAGGCUCGUGCUCCUCCAGCCUUCCUUUUAGCCUCCUCAGUCCUCCAAAUGUUCACUGUGGCACUGUUCGCUCUCUCCGGUUCACCGUGGCGAGCUGUGCCUUAAAGAGGAAAAACUUCCAGACGAGACAGAGCGAAGAGAAACGGUGACAGAACCGGAGCAACACGGAGAAGUUGUGAGAGUUCCUGGGGGGAAGCAGUUUGGGGAGCUUUUACGCAUUGCGCAGGAUGCAGGCGCGCUACUCCGUCUCCAGUCCCAACUCUUUGGGAGUUGUACCGUACAUCAGCAGCGACCAGAGCUACUACCGGGCCGGCGGUGGAUACACCGGGAUGCCUGCCCCCAUGAGUAUGUACUCCCAUGCGGCCCAUGACCAGUACCCGGCCAGCAUGGCCCGGGCGUACGGACCGUACACCCCUCAGCACCAGCCCAAGGACAUGGUCAAGCCUCCCUACAGCUACAUCGCUCUCAUCACCAUGGCCAUCCAGAACUCACCGGAGAAGAAGAUCACCCUGAACGGGAUUUAUCAGUUUAUCAUGGAGCGGUUCCCCUUCUACCGGGACAACAAGCAGGGCUGGCAGAACAGCAUCAGGCACAAUCUGUCUCUCAACGAGUGCUUUGUCAAAGUGCCCCGGGACGAUAAGAAGCCCGGUAAGGGCAGCUACUGGACCCUGGACCCGGACUCCUACAACAUGUUUGAGAACGGCAGCUUCCUACGGCGCCGCAGGAGGUUCAAAAAGAAGGACGUGCAGAGGGACAAGGAUGAUCGAGACAGGCAGGGCAAGGACCCCUCUGCCCGCACCCCGGGAAGGGAGCAGGAGCCGCCGGUGCAGGGCUCUCAGCCGGUGCGGAUCCAGGAUAUAAAGACAGAGAACGGGACCUCGACGCCGCCACAGGCCACGUCCCCGGCCCUGAGCACCGUACCCAAGAUAGAGAGCCCGGACAGCAGCAGCAGCAGCAUGUCAUCAGGCAGCCCUCACAGUGUGCCCUCCACCCGGUCACUCAGCAUGGAUGGACCCGAGCACCACCACCACGGCCAGGCCCCGGCGCAGGGCUUCAGCGUGGAUAACAUCAUGACCACCCUGCGGGGGUCUCCGCAGGCCGAGCUGUCCCCGCCACUCAUCUCCGCCUCUCGGACAGGUAUCACCCCUUCACUGUCGCUCAACUACUCCCCCAACCAGACACCCGCGUACAGCUCAACGACCUGCAACCAGAACGUGAUCUCCACGAACUCCAACGCGACCUAUCACUGCAACAUGCAAGCCAUGAGCCUGUACGCGGGGGACAGAUCAUCCGGCGGCCACCUGGCGCCGUCCACCACCGUGGACGAGGCUCUGCCCGACUAUUGCAUCACCACGACCACCGCGUCCCCUCUCGGACACGGCAACCUGAGCCAGGCGGGCCAGGACGGCCACCACGCUCACCAGGGACGGCUCGCGUCUUGGUACGGGGACCUGAGCCACUUGAGCCCGGGUUACCCGGCGCAGCAGCAGAACUUCCACUCUGUGCGGGAGAUGUUCGAGUCCCAGCGGAUCGGGCUGAACGGCUCCCCGGUCAACGGGAAUAAUAGCUGUCAGAUGGCGUUCCCAUCCGGCCAGUCCAUCUACCGCACCUCAGGAGCUUUUGUUUAUGACUGCAGCAAGUUCUAAAGCCAAAGUGUGUCUUUUAAAUUAAUAACUCUAAUAUAUGUUUUAUAUUUUUUUGUACUUUUGGUCUUUUAUUCACACUCCGAAUGGACAUAAAGAGAUUGAGACUUUUCUGUCGAGGCGUGUGUAACUCCAAAACAACACGUAAGUUUUCUUCCCUCUCUCACUUCGAGAAUUGUUUAUAAAGAUGGCUCCAAAAAAAAUUACCAGCUUCUAUGACUAUAGACUGUAAAUUAUAGCCUAAUAUAGUAAUUUAUUUUUUAGGAAAAGGGAGUGGAUGGAUGUUGAGGACCAAACACUUAAAAGUUUUUUCUUAUUGCUGCCUUUAUCUGUCCCAGUUCUUGUAUAGAAAUAGAGGGGGGACUGUGUAGUCUGUACUGACUUAUUCUAUUCAUUUUGUCUUAUUUGUUUAAAAAAAAAACUAUUUUGAAGGCAUUACAUUUUGUUUGUUUAAUAAAGUGCCGCCUAUUUGAUUUUAA